AUGGUCGAGAUUAAGAGGAACAAGAAGAGUUUAGCACCACAUACCCACUUCUGUAUGUUACGUGGGAAAAGAUUCAAGAGAGAUGCUAACCUAAGGAUGCACAUGAGAAGCCAUAAAGAUGAGUACAAGAUCCCAGCUGCCCUUGCCAAGCCUAACAAGGAAUCAAGCUCCGAACUAGCACAUAAAAGGUACUUACCCCCCUUUAUAGGGUGCAAGAGGAACAAGAAGUACAAAGAGUUUCAAUCUCUCAAGACAAUUCUCUAUGUGAAAAACUAUUAUAAAAGAAGUCACUAUGACAAGAACUUUAAAUGCAAUACCACGAAGCUUUCAAUUAUUGUAGAUGUGAAAACUCAUGAUGAGAACCACUGUGGUCGUGAUAAAUGGCUACGUUCCUGUCGGACAACAUUCUCAAGGAAGGAUAAGUUGUUCAGGCACGUUGCUUCAUUCCAGGGCCAUACACCUAUUCUUUCAGGGGACGAAGCCAAGGUUUCAGAAACAUCAGAUCAAGUAGGGGCCAAUGAAGUGAUGAACGAAAAGUUUAUAGACAAUGUAAUAGAGAUUACAAUAAUGGUACAAUAUGGGAUUUGCUCUAAGAUUCUAGCAUUAAAUAAAAAUUUGACAAGGUGA